AUGGAGGCACUGCUGGCGGCGCUCGCCGCGGCCGACUGGGCCGCGGUGGCUGCCGUGGGCGGGCUGGUUGUGGUCAUCAUUCUCGCCGCCAAGGCUGGCCUCGCAAUGGGACACAAGGACCGCACCAACGGACCCCCAGUUGUUCCCGGUUUACCAAUUAUUGGAAAUCUACAUCAACUGAAAGAAAAGAUGCCUCAUAAGACCUUUGCAAAAUGGUGUGAUAUUUAUGGGCCAAUAUAUACUAUAAGGACUGGAAUUUCUUCAGUUGUUGUGCUCAACUCAGCAGAAGUAGCCAAGGAGGCAAUGGUUGCAAAGUUCUCAUCUAUAUGUACUCGAAAGCUAUCUAAAGCAUUGUCAGUGCUCACUCGUGAUAAAACUAUGGUUGCUACAAGUGACUAUGGGGACUUCCACAUAAUGGCAAAACGGCAUAUCAUGGCGGGUGUGUUGGGUUCUUCUGCUCAGAGAAAAUUUCGGAAUACAAGGGACAUGAUGAUUGAGAACAUGCUAAGAACAUACCAUAAAUUGGUGACUGAUGACCCAAAUGCUCCUCAGAACUUCAGAGAAGUUUUCAAGGCUGAGCUAUUCCGCUUGUCAGUGAUCCAGAGCUUAGGUGUGGAUGUGAGCUCAGUCUAUGUCAAGGAGUUCGAGAGGGAGGUAUCAAAGGAGGAAAUCUACCAGACCAUAGUGGUUGACAUGAUGAUGUGUGCAAUUGAUGUUGACUGGAGGGACUUCUUCCCGUACCUCCGUUGGAUCCCAAACACGAGCUUCGAAACAAGAGUUCUGAGAACGGAAUCUAGGCGAACCGCGGUGAUGCGGGCAUUGAUCCAUCAACAGAAGAAAAGAAUUGCGUGCGGAGAGGCGAAGGUCUGCUAUCUAGAUAUAUUGCUGGCAGAGAACACGCUGACAGACGAGCAACUGACGAUGAUGGCGUGGGAGGAAAUCAUAGAGUCUGCAGAUACCACUUUGGUCACCACCGAGUGGGCUAUGUAUGAGCUUGCCAAGAACCCAGAAAAACAGGAUCGUCUCUACCGGGAGAUCCAAGAUGUCUGCGGCGACGAGAUGGUCACAGAGGAUCAUCUGCCUCGGCUGGCGUACCUGAACGCCGUGUUCCACGAGACAUUGCGGCGCCAUUCUCCUGUCCCGCUGAUACCUCCGAGGUUUGUCCAUGAGAACACCAAGCUUGCCGGCUACGACAUCCCAGGCGGUACGGAGAUCAUCAUCAACCUGUACGGAUGCAACAUGAACAAGGAGGACUGGAAGGAGCCCGAGGAGUGGAGGCCGGAGAGGUUCAUGGAGGGGAGUUUCGAGGACGCGGACAUGUACAAAACCAUGUCGUUCGGCGCCGGGAGGAGGGCCUGCGCAGGGGCCCUGCAGGCGACGACCAUCUCGUGCACGGCCAUCGCGCGGUUCGUGCAGGAGUUCCGAUGGAGGCUAAAGGAGGGCGACGAGGACAAGGUGGACACCGUUCAGCUCACAAGCUACAAGCUCCACCCGCUUUAUGUGUAUCUCACACCGAGAGUGGGGAAGUGA